AUGAUCUUCGCCGUCAUCCUUUCCGCCUUGGCAGCUGUGACUGCUUCCCCAGCGGGAGAAAUUGCAACGCCAACCGUUUCCCCGGCGGGAGGACUUGCAACGCGUUCUUUGGAGGCACGAACGACGUAUGUGCCCGGCUGGUGUGGCCAGGUUCUCAACGGCUCCUCUUUCAAUGAAGUCGGAGCUACCUGGACAGUGCCCACGUCUUCGCCAAGGUCAUCCCAGAAUCGAACCUACGCCUAUCAGUGGGUUGGCAUUGACGGUGGUUUGGACCAGAAUUGCCUGACUCUCCUGCAGGCCGGGACUUAUUACAAGCUGGACGACGGUCCUGGUACCUACGGAUUCUGGUACGAAUUUUUGCCGGCCGAUCCCGUCCUUUUGGAUAGCCCUACUGAAGUGAAACCAGGAGACGAAGUCUUCGUCAAGGUCACUGCCACGUCGAACACCGCUGGCACUGCGUACAUGGAAAAUAAAACGACUGGAAAGAGCUUCAGUGUUGAUAUGAAGGCUCCCAAGGGCUCUCGGCUUUGCCAGUCUUAUGUCGAAUGGAUCCAGGAGAAUCCCGACAUGAAGUACGACACUAUGGCACCGUUUUCAGAAUUUAGCUUCUACAAUGCCUACGCGAGCGACACCAACGGAAACAGUUACAACUUGAAAAACUCAGAGGACUGGGUUAUGAAGAUCGGAGACAGCACCCUGUGCUACCCAUCCAACCUGACUGACACUUCUGUCACUAUUAAGUAUAGCGGUCCCGUGUAA